AGCUCUUCUUCUCUCCCCUUUAAUCGGUGUCUUACGUUACAUUUCACCCGGAAGGGUAGAGUCCAGUGCAACCUGCAUUGGCUGGGGUUGAGUGGAAUGGGUAGCAGGGUUUCGAUUAUUUCAUUACACAUACAAGAAGGUACUGUUUUUGAAACGGAUAACCAGUAAGGCUGACAAUGGCCAAUGUAGGAGCAGUAGUGGCUACUGUCACAGGGGUGAUUGCUCUUCUUCUUCAUUCUUCUGUACACAAGAUUGAAGAGGGACAUCUUGCUGUUUAUUAUAGAGGUGGUGCUUUGCUGACUACUCCAAAUGGUCCAGGCUUUCAUAUUAUGCUUCCAUUUAUUACAACUUACAGAUCUGUUCAGACAACACUACAAACUGAUGAAAUAAAAAAUGUGCCUUGUGGGACAAGUGGGGGUGUCAUGAUCUACUUCGACAGAAUAGAGGUGGUCAAUAUGCUGGUUCCAUCUGCAGUUGUUGACAUUGUGAGGAACUACACAGCAGACUAUGACAAGACAUUGAUCUUCAACAAGAUUCACCACGAGCUCAAUCAGUUUUGCAGUGUCCAUACCCUCCAGGAAGUUUACAUUGAGUUGUUUGAUAUAAUUGAUGAAAAUCUAAAGCUGGCACUACAAAAGGACCUGAAUGCUAUGGCACCAGGUCUUACAAUUCAGGCAGUUCGUGUUACAAAGCCAAAAAUUCCAGAGACUAUCAGAAGAAAUUUUGAACUAAUGGAAGCUGAGAAGACAAAGUUGCUUGUUUCUGCACAGACCCAAAAAGUCGUCGAGAAGGAGGCCGAAACCGAAAGGAAGAAAGCUAUUAUAGAGGCGCAGAAGGUUGCACAAGUUUCUGAAAUUCACUUCCAGCAAAAAAUGAUGGAAAAAGAAACUGAGAAGAAGAUUUCUGAAAUAGAAGAUGCAGCAUUCUUGGCGAAAGAAAAGGCCAGAGCAGAUGCAGAGUACUACACUGCAGAAAAAACCGCCCAAGCAAACGCGUUGAAACUAACCCCGGAAUACCUUGAGCUCAUGAAAUACCAGGCGAUUGCUGCUAACAGUAAGGUUUAUUUUGGCCAAGACAUCCCAGACAUGUUUGUGGAUAACAAUGCCUUUCAGCCCAGGAUUCAGGAUGAAGAGGACACCGUUUCCACUGAUCAUCUGGAAUCGUUAGGAAAGGCAAAAAAAACCAAGAAAGCACAUCGUACUGAUUCAAAGGGAGGGUAACAAAAGAUCUGGUUGCUUGACAUUUGGUUGAUAAGAUUGUGUGGCAUGCUGAUUUUUGAUUUAUAAUAAAAAGGUAUGUUUGGUGCGCUUUAGCUCUGACAUUUACCAGUGGAAUGUGAAAGGACUGCAGUUUUUCUAAAGCAGAACAUUUGUUUCUAAAAACUGGUUUGUAAAUGUAUUCUGGUUUUCAGAUCAAUACCUACAAAGCCUGCCUCGAACACUGCUGCAAUAUAACAGGGAUGCCUACAAGUCUACCAGGGUGUGUUUUAAACAUUUUUUAAAUCAAAAUAAAGUAGUUGGAUAAACUAAAUGUUUGCUUCAAGAAGAUACAUGUUUUUUACACAUUUUAGCGGAGCCUAAGCUAACAUUUCUAUACAUAUUUUCAAAAGGGAUUUUGGGUUAAACUUCUUAAGGUUCUUUACAGAAUUUCUUUAUAAAGCUAGGAAAUACAGCCUAUAAACAAAAGGUAUAAAUGCAUUUUCUUUUCAUGUUAUUCCUAGUGCUUAACUGGAAUGGUGUUCUUUCUUGAGUCUCUACACCAAGUAAACUUAGUUUAUCUGAGAUGCCUAUUGUGAAAAUAUGGAAAUAUUGCAGUAUGACAGCAAGAAUUGUUAAUACUACAAUUUACUGAAUGAUGUGAAUUAAUUUGAUUUUUGUUACACAAAUAAAACAAAAAAAGAGUAUUUUACUGAUGCUGAGUUUUUAAAAGCUCUGAAUGAAUUUGCACUUGCAUACUUGCUGUUUUGUAAGUUUAAGAGUAUUUGAUGCAAACAAAUUAGACGAGGUGACAUUAUAUUAAUUCAAUCUUCUGUUUUCAAGGUGACUUUAUACUUCAUUGGUAAUGUAUUGAAGGUGAGGUGGGACCAUGUCACAGGGGUUGCUAGCCUAGUUAUACCUGAUUUGAACUGAAUUGUGGGGGUUCUGUUUUAAGACCACACAAAUAAGUUAAGUUACUGCCAUUUAAUUUGUGAUUUCAGUUAAAAACAUUUUUUAUUUUAUUUUUUAAUAGCAAUAAUGUUAUUUGUAAUAGUCCAAAGAGUCAAAUGUCAUCAUGAUAUACAGUCUGUGUAACCGGGCAACAAAGUGCCAAUCUGUCCUUUAAUUCUGUGAUAUUCAUUUAAAAACACUGAAUUAAACAUCUUGUAUUUAUAAUUGAAAAAUAAAUAUAUUCUAGAGAACGUCAAAUUUGGUAGCAAGUGCUGCUACUGUACAUGUAAACGUGUGACAUUUCUUGCUAUUCUUAAGUUGUCCAUUUUAAGAUUUUAUGAAAUGAAUGACUUUCCAUAACAAGUUGGAUUAAUUUAUCCUUACUAGGCUUUUUUUAUUGUUUGUUUAAUUGAAGUUAUGCCAGCACAAGACAAUUACCAGAUUAAAGUUACACAAAUGUUAUUCUUUAUGCUUAUACCUUCAUUUAAAAAAAAAACAAAAAAAAAACAAAAAACC